AUGAAUCCUCUAAGCCAAAUUGUACGUGCUGCCAGGCCAAUCUAUCGCACUUUCUCCACAUCUGUGUCAAGUGCAUCUCAAGCCAAAGAAAUCCCAUCUACUGGCUUGUGCUUUGAACUCUCUGAUGAACAAAAAGCACUUCAAGAAUUGGCAAGGAAAUUUACCCGGGAAGAAAUUACACCAGUAGCAGCUCAAUAUGACAAGUCUGGGGAGUACCCAUGGCCCAUUGUCAAGAAGGCGUGGGAGCUCGGGCUUAUGAAUGGACAUAUUCCCGAACACUGUGGGGGUGUAGGCAAUUUAGGAGUGUUUGAAGAAUGUCUCAUCGGUGAAGAGUUUUCUUUCGGUUGUACCGGCAUCGGAACGGCUGUUGGUGGAACGAAUUUGGGAGUGAGUGGAAUGAAUAUGGGAGUCUUUGAUGGGUGUUUGAUUGGGGAGGAGUUUGCGUUCGGUUGUACAGGCAUAGCGACUGCAUUGGAAGCAAGUGGUCUUGGACAAACGCCAGUAAUAAUUGCCGGAAAUAAGGAACAGCAAAAGAAGUAUUUGGGUAGACUCAUCGACGAGCCCCUUGUUGCCGCUUACUGUGUGACAGAACCUGGUGCCGGGUCUGACGUGGCUGGAGUAAAGACUAAAGCGGUAAAGAAAGGUGACGAAUGGAUCAUCAAUGGCCAGAAAAUGUGGAUCACCAAUGGUGGUGUCGCCAACUGGUACUUUGUGUUGGCGAGAACAAACCCGGACCCCAAAUGCCCAGCUAGUAAGGCAUUCACUGGCUUCAUUGUGGAGAGAGAUUGGCCCGGCGUUAACCCUGGACGCAAGGAAUUGAACAUGGGACAACGCGCGUCCGAUACGCGCGGCAUAUCAUUCGAAGAUGUUCGCGUGCCCAAAGAGAAUGUUCUCCUUGGUGAAGGUGAUGGUUUCAAGAUCGCUAUGGGGGCCUUUGACAAGACUCGUCCACCUGUCGCGGCUGGCGCUACCGGUCUCGCGGCACGAGCUUUAUACGAAGCGACGAAAUAUUCGUUAGAACGCAAAACAUUCGGUGUACCAAUCGCUGCUCACCAGGCAGUGGCCUUUAUGAUCGCUGAUAUGGCGAUUGGUGUUGAGAGUGCCAGACUUGCCUGGCAAAGGGCCGCCUGGAUGGUUGACCACGGACAAAGAAACACAUUGAUGGCUUCAAUCGCGAAGUGCCACGCUUCAGAAAUCGCUAACAAAGCUGCCUCAGAUGCGGUUCAGAUAUUCGGCGGAAAUGGAUUCAAUACAGAAUAUCCCGUUGAAAAAUUAAUGCGUGACGCAAAAAUUUACCAAAUAUACGAAGGUACAUCACAAAUUCAAAGACUUAUUAUCUCAAGGGAGAUACUGACAGCUGCUAAGCAGUCUAAUGCUUAA